AUGUUUAAGAAAAGGUUGAAUAAAAAUGUUUUUUCGAUAUUUAAAAAAUACAACUCAUCAUACAUUUGCUUUGAUGAAAAUAAACAGAACUUGAAAAAAUUUUGUAAUAUAAAAAACAUCGAGUUAAGAAAAAAUGUGCAUACCAAUAAAACUGAAAUUUUCAUUGAUGACAAAAUUUUAUUAACUAAUAGGAAAAAUGUUUUCUCCUUAAAAAAUGAAGAUUUGUGUUUAUUAAUAAAAUUGGAAAUUUUGAGAAAUAAAAAUAAUAUGGAUGUUUUGAAAACUCCUAUAACGUUAUGUGUGAAUAACUUAAUCGAUUUUGUAAAUUUAAAAGAACACAAUAUGUUACCAAAAAAUUAUGACCAUAAAUAUAAUAAUAAAGGUGACAAUAAAUAUAAUAACAAAGGUGACAAUAAAUAUAAUAACAAAGGUGAUAGUGAAUACAACAAAUGUGAUAGUGAAUACAACAAAUGUGAUAGUGAAUACAACAAAUGUGAUAGUGAAUACAACAAAUGUGAUAGUGAAUACAACAAAUGUGAUAGUGAAUACAACAAAUGUGAUAGUGAAUACAACAAAUGUGAUAGUGAAUAUAAUAACAAAGGUGACAAUAAAUAUAAUAACAAAGAUUAUAGUGAAUACAACAAAGGUGACCAUUUUAACUAUCAUAAUUAUAUAAAUAAUAAUAAUAAAGAGCGGAUUUUAUAUUUCUUUGAAAUAGAAAGAACCCUUAUGGAAAAAAAAAUAUAUGAAAAUUUUAUUAAUGAUCUUAUUUUUUAUACAAAUAAUAAUGAAGAACAUGCUUUUAAUAUGCACAAAAAUUCUCUACAUGAUUUAAAAAAAAAAACUAUUCAUUUACCAAACUGUUUAAAUUAUAUUAAUAAAUAUAAUAUUAAUAAUAACUUAUAUCAAGAACAAAAAUAUAUCUAUAACAAAUUUAUUAAUCUCUUUGAACAUAUUCAUAAUAUUAAGUUAAAUAGAGCUAACCAUUUUGAAACACCUGAACAAAAUUUUGAUGUUCAGGAAAAAAUACAAAAAUUAAUAAAAAACAUGAACAAUUCAGAAAUUUUCUUAUUUUAUAAAUGCACACAAUAUUUGAAUUCAUUUAUAUUUACCUAUUUAUUUUUAAAUAGGUAUAUAAAUUAUAAGGAUGUGUAUCGUUAUUGUAAUUUGGAAUAUAUAUAUCAAUUUUUUAAAUGGGGAUAUGUAUAUGAUGUAAAUAUAAUGAAGGAUGCCAACACACUCUUGAUGUUAUCAUCCCUUCGUUUAAUAAACAAAAUGAUACAAUGA